AUGAGUGUCCGCAUUCCAAGCGAAAACGACGAACUAUUGUGCAGCCAAUUUUUGCACAAAAUGCUAAGACGACACCCGACACGCGUGGAGGAACGAGCCGACGUAGCGGCCGAGUACGAGUCGUACUUGCAGGAGAAGGAGCGGAACGCGAAAAGCACCAGCAGCAGCACCAGCAGCCGUCUGCAACCUCCCGUCUUGACAUUUCCGCCUUCUCCUCCUUCCGGUGCAGCGAGUGACUCGAUAGCUGCGAGACAAGAGGCUCGGCGACAGGACGUUCGUACCCGCAUUGGCUUGAACCGGUCUACUUAA